CAGCAAGCAGAAGAAAAACUUGGCCAGGCAGUCAAAACCGAAUAUGAUGCACAUCUCGAGUCAUUGAUAACAAAGGCCAUGAAGACGAAGAAGUGGUCAGAGCAAAUUGUUAACCAGCUUCAAGUCUUAAUUGAUCCUAAUUUCACAUCCAGGCUGCAGUCAAUGGUGAUGGAUUCAGUGAGCUCCAGCAACAAAUCUUCCAAACCGAACCCAUUUGAUGAGCUGGGCGCCACAUUCGUCAGUGCUGGUAAUGAUAUGGACCCCACCUCGCCAUAUGGUGAAACUUUGGUGAAAAGUGGGGAAGUUCAGCAGAAGAUAGCAGAGGCCAAGCGAUCGUUCAUACAGACGACGACAAAUGUCAUCAUCAAUCCAUUAAAGAUAUUUCUUGAUGGAGACAUGAAGACGAUUGAGAGAGAAUUGAAGACACUAGAAAUGAAAAGAUUGGAUCUAGAUGCUGUGAAAACCAAGCAGAAGAAAGCAGCUAAUAAGGAACUUGCUGCCACCUUGAUGGAACCAGAAUUGAGGUUGGCCCAAUCAAACUUUGACAGACAGGCAGAAGUGGUCAAACAGUUGUUACUGGGCAUCACCAGCACCCAUGCUCACCACCUGAAGUGUCUUCAGGAAUUCAUCAUCAGCCAGAGAAACUACUUCGACCUUUGCUUACAGUACACCACGGAGUUUCAAGAUUCCCUCAUCAAGGGCUUCACUAGUGCUGCUAAUUGUAAUAACUGA